AUGUUGGGUUCUUGCCAACUAUUCACUGAAAACUGCAUGAAGGGAAUUGAGGAGGAAGUAAUAAAAUCAAAUAGCCACACGGUUAUGCAAUUUGAUCAUGAGAGGUUCUGCUUCCUGGUCCAAGAAACUGUUCAUCAUAGUGACGGUAGACCGGCUACCCAUUACAACGUCGACCUUCAGAAUCUGACGUGUGAGUGUGGAAGAUUCCAAACGUUUCAUGUCCCUUGCUCACAUGUUAUUGCAGCGUGUUCAAGCAUAAGACAAGACCAUUCUGUGCAUAUAACUGACGUGUUCAAAGUUGUAAACGUAUUUAAGGUCUACGAGGAGAGUUUCCUCGGGAUCCCAACCGAAACAAGUUGGCCACAAUAUGAAGGUGACACGCUAUGCCACAACGACCGCAUGCAGAGAAACAAGAAAGGUCGCCCAAACAGUUGUCGGAUUAGAACAGAAAUGGACAACGUUGAAAAAGAAAAAAGAAGGUGUGGUAUUUGUCGAGAAAUAGGACAUAUGCGCAGAAAAUGUCCAACCAGGCCUGGCCCUUCUACUUAG